AUGGAAGUAAGUAAAAUGCCUUUUGAUGCUGAUCUGAAGGUGCUUCUAGCGAGUUGCUUGGUAGGGUUGGUACUGAGCUUAUACCUAGUUGUACUCUUAUUGUCAAAUAAUCCACGAAAGGCCUUUGCGAAUGAGUUGCAAUACAGGUCUAUAAAAGAUGGAUCAGUGGUUCAUGAGCCUUUGCCGAACAUUGAUGAUGACUCUUCCGAUGGUAUAGAACUUUCUGUGGUGAUUCCUAGCUACAAUGAAACCAGUAGAAUCAAGAUUAUGUUGGAAGAAGCUAUAUCCUUUUUACAAAAUGAGAUGAAGGGUAAAUGGGAGAUUAUUAUUGUCGAUGACGGUUCCAGUGAUGGGACUUCGGAGUAUUGCAUGGAUUUGGCUAAGAAUCACUUCAAGCUUAAUGACGGAGAAUUUAGAGUUGUUACAUUGGAGAAGAAUCGCGGUAAAGGAGGAGCAGUAAGACACGGGAUGUUGCACUCCAGAGGCGAAUAUCUAUUGUUUGCUGAUGCUGACGGUGCCUCGAAGUUCUCUGAUGUUGCCAAGCUUUUGGCAAACACAAAGGUUGAUGCACCCGAGGUAUCGAUUGGAUCACGUGCUCAUAUGGUUAACACCGAUGCAGUUGUCAAGCGAACAAUUAUCAGAAACUUCUUAAUGUACUCUUUACAUGCAUUGGUGUUCAUCUUCGGUAUUAGAUCUAUCAAGGACACACAAUGUGGUUUUAAAUUAUUUAAUAGGAAGGCUGCUAAGGAAAUUUUCCCUAAGUUACACACUGAAGGAUGGAUUUUCGACGUUGAAAUCUUGAUCGUUGCGUUGCGUAAAAAUAUUCCAAUCAAUGAGCUACCGAUCUCAUGGCAUGAAGUUGACGGUUCCAAAAUGGAUUUGGCUCGUGACAGUAUUAACAUGGCCAAGGAUUUAGUCAUCAUAAGGUUAGCAUAUAUACUAGGCAUAUAUAGCGAUAAAUAA